AUGCUGUGGUACACGCAUCCUCUCUUCGUUCUCCUUACUGGACUCAGGCUUGUCUGUGCUGCUUCGAAUUUCCAAUGCAGAUAUAAUGGCACUACACCAGCCACUGUCAACUAUUACACCUGCACCGAGAUCGCUAACAAAUACGACAUCAAGCUGGCAAGCUUGUUUGAGCUAAAUCCUUCAUUGAAACCGGAUUGCAGCAAUAUUGCUCCAAAUACAAACUAUUGUGUUGCUGGAGGUGUUGCGCUCGUCCUUAGCAAAGAUGGUUUUUGUGGCCCACAACACGCGAAUACUACUUGCAAAGAUUAUUCUGGAGGACAGUGCUGCAAUUCUCAAACUUGGAAAUGCGGCGAUGCAACAGCGGAUUGUCAAGCCGGCACAUGCUUUGAAGGUAGCUGCGUUGGCUUUCCCUCUACUUACUCGCUUGAUGGCAAUUGCGGUACAACUCAUGGAAACUUGCUAUGUGGAGGGACAUGGGGAGACUGCUGCAACAAAGCUGGCAAAUGUGGUAAGGGAUCUGGUUUUUGUGACAAGUCAUCUUGUCAAUCUGGACUGUGUGAGCAACCUGUUGUGACGCUGCCGCCCAUGACAGUUCCAUGGGCGACUGGUAACACGACGGAUGGAAAAUGUGGAGGAACUAAAAAGUAUACCUGCAAUGUAUUGUAUGAGACUGCUGCAACAAAGAUGGAAUUUGUGGUUCUAGAGCUGCCGAUUGCGGAGCGGGCUGUCAAGCUGCUUUUGGCAUAUGUGCGAAUUCUACUACACCUGGUUCGCCAAGCAAAAUAUCGCCUGAUGGUAGCUGUGGUGGUACUGGCGCCUAUGUUUGCAAAGGUUCAACAUUCGGUGACUGUUGUAGCUCUUCGGGAUUUUGUGGAUCUACCACAGCUCACUGUACCGCUGGAUAUGGGAGUUGCGGAGGGACCAAGAAGUACAAAUGCAAAGGGUCUAAUUUUGGAGACUGCUGUAGUUCUUCUGGAUUUUGUGGGUCUGAUACUGCCCACUGUAGCGCGGGCUGCCAGCCAUCGUUCGGAACAUGUGCAACGACUAACAUCUCGCCGGAUGGGAGUUGUGGUGGCACUAACAAGUAUGUUUGCAAAGGAUCUACCUUUGGGGAUUGUUGCAGUUCCUCUGGGUUUUGUGGUGCUACCACUGGCCACUGUGGAGCGGGAUGUCAAUCUACCUUUGGAACUUGCGUCGGCAGCAAUAUUUCUCCAGAUGGCAGCUGCGGAGGGACGAAUAAGUAUACAUGUACCGGUUCCACGUUCGGGAAUUGCUGCUCGUCCUCUAAUUUCUGCGGCUCGACAACUGCACAUUGCGGAACUGGCUGCCAACUGA